GCAGCAGAGACCCUGCGGUUUCUUCCCCGUCGCGUUCGGCCGCCCUCCCUCGCCAGUGCGGUGCAGCGAGAUGGGGGGGGCGAUGGAGAUGAAGAAGCGUAUCAACCUGGAGUUGAGGAACCGGGCCCCCGAGAAGGUGACGGAGUUGGUGCUUGAUAACUGUCGGUCCAGCAAUGGUGAGAUUGAAGGUCUCAAUGACUCCUUCAAAGAACUGGAGUUUCUCAGCAUGGCCAACGUAGAGCUGACGUCGCUGGCCAAGCUGCCCACCUUGAGUAAGCUCCGAAAGUUGGAGCUGAGUGACAACAUCAUUUCAGGAGGCCUGGAGGUCCUUGCAGAGAGGUGUCCAAAUCUCACAUAUCUAAAUCUAAGUGGCAACAAAAUCAAAGAUCUUGGCACUGUGGAAGCUCUUCAAAAUCUCAAAAACUUGAAGAGCCUUGACCUGUUCAACUGUGAGAUUACAAACCUAGAGGAUUACAGGGACAGCAUUUUUGAGCUGCUGCAGCAAAUCACCUAUCUGGAUGGCUUUGAUCAGGAAGACAACGAAGCACCAGACUCAGAGGAUGAUGAUGAUGAGGAUUUUGAAUACGACGAUGAUGAUGAGGAGGAUGAAGCUGGCCCUCCAGGAGAAUAUGAAGAGGAAGAUGAUGAAGAUGAUGGAGGUUCAGAUUUAGGGGAAGGCGAAGAGGAGGAGGAAGUUGGUCUUUCAUACCUGAUGAAAGAAGAGAUUCAGGAUGAAGAAGAUGAUGAUGACUAUGUUGAAGAAGGAGGUGAGGAGGAGGAGGAAGGUAAGCUGUCCACAGAGGGCAUCCGAGGGGAGAAGAGGAAACGAGACCCUGAAGAUGAAGGCGAGGAAGAGGACGAUUAAGUUGUUCUGGACACAAAGUAGGACCAGAGUCUUCAGUUCCCAACCCUGCAGUAGUGAUUAUGCAGAUCUGUAUGUCUCCAUGUACCAUAGCUGUCCCUACAGAAGAGAAUAUGUUAACUUUUUAUAGGAGAGGUGUGGUUUUACUAUUCUUGCCCCUUUUUAUCAUUCCAAAUAAGAUCUAAUAGCCUGGUAGUGAACCUAUAUGUAGAAACCAACUUUCAGCCCUUUUAAUCACUGAAGCCAUUGUCAAGUUUUUCUUCCCCCAUCCCCCAACCCCUUCCCCUAGAUUUUUGUUUGGAGCUCUUGAAUUUUGUACAAGCUUGCUGUGUCAGUCACCAUCAGCCCAGAGUUAAAGCACCUGUCUCAGCUGGGGUUAAGAUUGUGGAUUCUCUCUUGGAGAUGUGGAAGUUUUUCUGUUGAAGCUGAAUUCUGGCAAAUUGAAGUCUCCUUUUAAAGGAGAAAUUUGACUGGUCCGGAGUGUAGCAGGAAUUCUCUUUGACAAGGAGAUCACACCUUUAUUUCAGCAUGUCAAAAGGUGACUCCUGGACUAGUUUUAAGUCUGUUCUCCCAUUUCAUGUGUUCCAUCCUAAAGUCAAAGUGGGGUUGGAAGAUCUUUUUGUUUUCCUGCCUUUUCAGAUGUUCAGUGUCUCACUUAGAUGCCCUCAAGGACAUCUCUUGGUAUAAAAAAAAAA